AAGUCCCUCUCGUCCUGGUCCUCUCUGCCUGUCCAGACACCGUCUUAUUACCCUUUGCUCGAGAGCAGAAGGAAAAUAACCACCGGAGAAGAAAAUUCUCAGCAUGGAAAAACCAUGCCAAGGGAAGGAAGAACUGGCGCCGAGCGUGCCGCGGCCCCAAGUGGAGGAGCCUCCUGUGGAGCCCCCUCCCGAGAGGACGGAUCUCGAGGAGGAGCAGUCUUCUGAGGAGCAGUCCUCUGAGGAGGAGUUCUUCCCCGAGGAGCUGCUGCCCGAGCUGCUGCCCGAGCUGCUGCUGUGUGCUGAGCGCCCUCGGCAAGAGCGCCUAUCUGCCAAGGACCUGUUGGCGGAGCGCCCUCCCAUGGAGCAGCCUCCCUGUGGAGUGGGCAAACACAAGCUCGAAGAAGGAAGUUUCAAAGAAAGGCUGGCUCGUUCUCGCCCACAGUUUAGAGGGGACAUACACGGCCGAAAUCUAAGCAACGAGGAGAUGAUCCAAGCGGCCGACGACAUGGAAGAGAUGAAAAGAGUGAGGAACAAAUUGAUGAUUAUGCAUUGGAAGGCGAAACGCAGCCGCCCCUACCCCAUUUAAUGUGUUCAACCUACACUUCUCUUAAUGCCUGAGAGAACAGUGUUGCCCCUCUACCCAACCCCGCCUCCCCUGCCAACCCCCCGGAACAUUCUGGUUGUGUUUUCUUACAUGUCUUUCCCAACCUUCCUAAUUGUAAUUUUCAUCACUUUUUUUUUUUUUUUUGCGCAUUUGUAUUUAGGCAUCCAGCAACUUAAACUGGCAUAAAAUUGUUUUUCUUUUCUCCCUGAAAUCCAAGCUCCACUCAUUUGCAUGAAAGAUGUGCAUGACAUGCUGUGAAGUGAGAAAAAGGAAUUUUCCAGAGUUAUAUAUAGUACCCAUUUUUUUUAAAAAAAAAGUUUAUUUAUAUAUUAAUAUGCAGAGAAAAAGCAAAAAGUAUGUACUUCAAAGACUUAACAGUGGCAACGUGUGCAGUGGCAUAGGUCAUUCUAAUUCUUAAAAUUGCUCUAUAUGAAUUUUUUAUUUUGUUCAAAGUGAACAUAUUCUGUUUAUUCAAGAUGAACAGUAUAAUGAAAACAAACAAUUUUGAAAAUUAUUUAAUCAGCUUAUAAUAACUGUGGCACUUAAUAAAUACUUGUCAGAACUUUAAAAA